AUGGAUCAAAACAUUAAGUUGCUCCUUUUUAUAAAAAUUUCUACAUUUAUACUUUUAACAUGGAUAUACUAUAUUAACAGUGAGUUGGUACAGUUAUAUAAUUUAAAGUGUACGUUUAACAAAUCCCCCGAUAAAAACUAUAACCUCAGUAAAAGAUUUGAUAAAAAAAGUUAUCGAAUACUGGCAAAAUAUAAACAGAAUAAAGAUUCAAAUGAUAUAUAUUUAAAAGAAAUAUUUGAAAAUAAUGGAGAAAAUAAGAAGAGAAAUAUAUUCAAUAAUGAAAAUUGCAGAACAGGAAAAAAUAAGCAAUCAAACAGAAAUUUAUUAAACAAAGCGCAAUACUAUAUAGACGUUAUAGAUUAUAAUAAUGGAAUGUUUGAUGGAAAACAUUUCCAUUUUGAGAAAAAAUGGUUAAAAAAAAGAGAUUAUGACGAAUUUAGAAAACAAAAAAGGAGAAGUGGAGAAAUAGCCUUAAAAAAAAUAAAAUUUAGAAGUUACGGUUUAGGAAUCACCAUAUUUUCUUUUUUUUUAUUUUUGGGAAUAGGAUUAGCCGUCCUACCAAAAUUACCAUUUUUAAAAGGGGUAUGGGAUGCUAUUGAAAAAGCACAAUUCUUUAUACAACUUAAAGGAGCUAUUGAAGUUGCGGAAACAUAUGUAAAUAACUAUCUUUAUGUAAUAUUAUUUAUAGUACUUAUGGUUAUAUUAUCAGCUAUAGUUAUAAUAGUGAUUUAUAAGAUUUUAAGAAAUAAUGAAAAAUAUGAAAAAAUAAAGUUGAUGAUUGAGUAA